AUCCUUGCUAAGCCUAGCUUUGCCUGGACCUCCACUCAGACGCACACAGGAUCCAAGCCUCAUUCGACCCCCUUGCUUAUGAGCUGUUUGCUAUUGCACCAUCUCUCCAUCUGCAUGGCACUUCGUGCCGAUCUGGAGUCACCAGUCACAAAUACGCUCUCGGCAAUCACCUGCCACCUAAGGACGCGCAACGCAUGCCUCUGGAGGUGCAAAGACACGCAUACAUCCGAUCUUGCAACACGCACACCGUCCAUACGUGUGCCCAUAAGACGCCUCAUGGGCAUUGCAAUGGAGUGCUCUUCUUUCGGCCAGACAAUGCCGUGUCGUGCUUGCGGUACUUUGACUGGAUGGCACGCAUGCGCUGGACGCAGAGGUCACGAGACCAGCAGCGCGAAACAGUGGGGGUCGCCAUCUCUCGAACUGAGGCAGAUCGGCAAAAUGAGGUGACGGAUCAGGCGAGCCUUUGACCAAAACACCUAGCGCCGGGGUUCAAGCGCAGAGGCUAAGGGUGAGAUCUCGUGUGAUAUCCUCAUUCCGUUCUAAGCACGCUGUCAUCACAAUACAGUUACGAGUAAAGUAGUGCACAGUACCUGGGCCAGAGCUGUGCCUUGCUGGUGCGUGCAAGCCAUGUCACCCAAGUCCCAAGGUUCAGCACCGUACACUCAAACUGUAUGCAAGAUCCCCAAGUCAGAGUGACUUCUAUUCUGGUGGCGCUACAUGUCUGUUCUCCUGACAGGAUGAGGGGCACGGCUCAUCGUGGGAAAGGGCCAACGAACGCAUCACCGACCGUUGAGGUAUUUGGCAUUCAGGUUCGCUUAGAUUGCAUUUCUCCGGCGCAGUUCACUCCACGGGCCCAGAUCGAAGGGGACUUGUGCGCGGAGCUGCCGACUUGUUUCUUUCCUUGUCCGACCUGCUCACGCUUGCUGUUCUCACGCUGCAGAGCAACAGACAGCAGAUCACAUCAAGUCAAGCCUGAUCUGACAACAACGUCGAUUUCGAUCCGCGCGUCGUAUUCAAGGCCAACCGUUCCAGAUCGCACCGGUACAGCGCAAUGCCGAACUGCGGCCGAGUGUUCAUGGUCCGGAUCAAUUCAUAUACGUAGCAACGUACCAUGGCCUCGGCCGUCCCUUAAACCAAGAACCAACACUUCAUCAACACAACAACACAACAGACAUCAUCACCACGCGCACUCCGCGCAGACGUCACAUCCGCACCGAAAUUAGACGUGCCACGCUCCCUUCGCGUUGGCACAGCAGCUCGACGACAUAUAUUAGACCACACAUUGACCGCAAGGUCCGUGCUCCCGCAGUAACCUUUCACAAGCACAAGCACAAGCACCACCAACACGACCUCAUUGAAGCUUCUAACGCACCCGACCUGUACACAGCAU